UCCAACUAAUAUCUCAUAGAACAUGAAAAAAUGGUCCCAAUAAAUAAGUAUUUAAAUCUACAACAACCAUAUAAAUUUAACUACCCACUCACUCUGCUCCUGUGAUAUAACUAACGAACCUGGAACCAUAAACAGAAUCUUUGUCCAUCUCAUCUUAAAAAACAAAACAUAUAAAAAAAUAAUAAAGUUUGAAUGGAAGACAGAAAAGUGAACACGAUCGCUGCUAUAUCAGUGGUUGCUCUUGUAAUCGUAAUCAUCAUAUGUCGUGUGUCAUUAAAACUCUCAAAAGCUUUCUUCUUAAUCUGUGGCGCUUCAAUCGCCGUAAUCCUCGCUGUGUUUUCAUGCAUACUCAUAAGACAACGUUACAACAAAAGAAGAAGAAAAUUAGAAUCACAGAUAAAAUCAGAAGGAAGAGAGCUUCGAAUAGAGUACAGUUUCUUAAGAAAAGUUGCAGGGGUUCCAACAAAGUUUCGUUACAAGGAGCUAGAAGAAGCAACCGAUGGCUUUCAAGCACUACUUGGUAAAGGGUCAUCAGCUUCAGUUUUCAAAGGAAUUCUAAACGAUGGAACUUCAGUUGCUGUGAAAACAAUUCAUGGUGAAGAAAGAGGUGACAGAGAGUUUAGAUCAGAAGUUGCAGCUAUUGCUAGUGUUCAACAUGUUAAUCUUGUGAGACUUUUUGGUUAUUGUAAUUCUCCAACACCACCUAGGUACCUUGUUUAUGAGUUUAUUCCAAAUGGGUCAUUGGAUUGUUGGAUUUUUCCUUUGAAGGAAAAUAGGACACCGAGGCGUCGAUGUGGUUGUUUACCAUGGAAUUUAAGGUAUAAAGUUGCUAUUGAUGUUGCAAAAGCAUUGAGUUAUCUUCAUCAUGAUUGUAGAUCUACUGUUUUACAUCUUGAUGUUAAGCCAGAGAAUAUACUAUUAGAUGAAAAUUAUAAAGCACUUGUUUCUGAUUUUGGUCUUUCAAAGCUUGUUGGAAAAGAUGAGAGUCAUGUUUUGACAACAAUAAGAGGAACUAGAGGGUAUUUAGCACCUGAAUGGUUAUUAGAACGUGGAAUUUCUGAGAAAACUGAUAUAUAUAGUUAUGGAAUGGUUCUGUUAGAGAUGAUCGGAGGGAGAAGGAAUGUUUCUAAAGUGGAAGAUGUUAGCGACAAGUCAAGGACAAAAUGGGAAUUUUUUCCUAAAAUUGUGAGUGAGAAAUUGAGAGAAGGGAAAUUAAUGGAAAUUGUGGAUAAAAGGGUAGUGGAAUUUGGAGGUGUUGAUGAGAGUGAAGUGAAUAGAUUGGUGUGUAUUGCUUUGUGGUGUAUACAAGAGAAACCAAGGUUGAGGCCUAGAAUGGUUGAAGUUGUUGACAUGCUUGAAGGACGUGUGAGGGUGGAAGAACCACCAGGUACUAGAAUGAUUCUUCUUGAUUUGUUAGCUGUUGAUGAAGAUCCUGCUGAUAAUAAUAAUCUAGCAAGGUUGUUGACUUCUGUUUCUAGUCAUGUUGAUUGUACUACUUCUAAUUACUCUUUAGGAUCCACUAUUUUAUCUGGUAGAUAGCACUUUUCUUAUUAUUAUUUUAGUUUUUUUAAUUGCAUAAAUUGGUACUAAGUUUUAUAACUUUCAAUGAGGAAAUUAUGUAUCUAUAUAGUUGACAUGUUCUUAACUCUUGAGUCAGUGAAGGCAUUGCUAUUCUGUAAAUGAUUUUUGGCAUCCAUUUGACUACAACUUUUGCUGA